AUGGCAGAUCCACUUGAGCAACGGUCCGCACCUGCAAGUCGCCAAAUUUCGCCCAUCGCCCAACCACCUAGCCCUGUCAAGACCAAAGAAGAGGACGAGGAGAUAACAACAAACCCCGACGCUGCAGCUGAUCAGUCCACAUUGUCCCCAGCUAAGGAAGAAGACACUGAAGCGAUAAUCGCCCUCCAUGCUGGUCCUUCCGCCUCCGCCUCCCCACCUGCUACUGAAGAAAACUCGCUAGAAGGUGCGGAUACUACGGGAGAUGUCAGUACCACUGACAUACAAUCCAAAUGUGUCAUGAGUUUUCUUCGACCACAGCCUGGUAAAUGCUCCUCCAAAAUCACCAAUGAUGACCGGCACUAUAUUUCCAAUUUUUUUGGACGCAAUAAAACCUGCAGUACCAACAUCCCAGAUGACUUCUACCAAGUGCUUUGUCGGAAAUGCAUGCAGAGCAUGAAAUACCGUCUCAAAUGCAACAAAGAAGAAAAGGAGGUCCACUCCCAGGUUGCAGCAAUCAAGCACGUCCUUCGAAACAUGGCCGCAAGUGGCAAGUGGGUUCUUCUGGAAGUUCAGCUUACGAAGUCGGAAUACGAUCGACGGCGAGAUCCGAGCAAAUAUGAUAAGGAGCUCAAGGAGUUCAAUGAUGCUAUCAUCAAGGCUCGUGAAGAGGCAAAACAAAAGGGUGAAGUUGUCAAACGUCGCAAUACCAAGCCAGCCCUAGUUCCCGUGCCCGACUGGCUUGCAGAGCUGGUUGUGAGGAGUGAUGACAAUGCUGAUCAGGACUAUACCCCUGUCCACGAAAGAGAGCCAACUCGCUGGACCUUUGAGGAUAUGAUCGGUUUGGUGGAUCUGAUUGGUGAGAACUGUGACGUCCUGCCAAACAUCGAAUGUCUCCCUGUCACCCAAGAAACCCAAACGAAACAGCUCCAGCGCGAAUUGCAGGACUUCAAGAAGAUGCUGGCCGAGAUGGAGGAACAGCUCGAAGAGGCAGAGGAGGAGUUGCAGAGAGCGCUGGACCAAGCUGCGAGCACGCAACACACCAUCCCGCCCAAACGCCGCAACGACAACAAGCCGGGCAAGAAAGGCGAGAGCUCCAAGCGAGUCGACCGGGUGGCUAAAAAGAAGAAGGCCCCAGCGACCACACCAACACAGGACCGCGCCUCGCAGGAUACCCUCGCAGAUCCAGACCUGCAGACCGAACCCGGCACCAUGGCUUCUGUGGACGACGACAACAACGGCGACAUGGAUCCUCGCGCUGCUGGGGAGAAGAGGGGGCGGGAGGAGGAUGAGGAUGAGAAUGAGGGGCAGGCAGGAGCGAAGGAGAAGGGGAGUCCGGUUCGGAAGAAGGUGAGGCGGGGAUGA